CACCUCUGCUCAGUGACAACGCCACUCUGGAUUAUCGAAGACCGCGCGGAGAAGCUCCUUGCUCGGGCUCCCCUCGGACGACACAGCGGAGCUUUCACACACCCGAAGGCCAGCACAGAAAAUGAAAAUGUCCGCGGCGGAGAUCAGCCAGGUCCUCAAGGAGGGAGAGCUGGAGAAGAGGAGCGACAACCUGCUGCAGUUCUGGAAGAGGAAGACGUGCGUGCUGACCACGGACAGCCUCAACAUCUACGCGGACACGCAGAAGCGCACCAGGGGCAAGCAGCUCAAGCUGCAGUCCAUCAAGAAGGUGGACUGCGUGGAGCGCACCGGCAAGUUCGUCUACUUCACCAUCGUGACCACGGACGACAAGGAAAUCGACUUCCGGUGCCCCGGGGAGGAGAACUGCUGGAACGCCGUGAUCACCAUGGCGCUGAUCGACUUCCAGAACAGAAAGGCCAUCCAGGACUUUAAAACGCGGCAGGACAACGAGAGCGCGUCGCCCGGCCAGCAGGAGCGGCGCAUGGCGCGUGCGCCCUGAGCCGCGGAGCGAGGCUCAUGGCUCUUACGCGCUCCAAAUAUGUGUCGAUGUGGACCAUAAAGAAAUAAUACGCGGACCAAAAGGGAAGAACGAGGUAAUCCGGUCCAGAGAUGAAGGAUUGUUCCGGAUCGAGCUCCGAGAGAGACACACGGGACAAGAGAACCAAACCCACAAGACAGACAGAGAGACAGACAGACAGACAGACAGACAGAAAGGGAGAGAGAGACACUUCCAGAAGCUCGGCGCGCAGGACUGAACCCUUGAAGUGUCAAAACUAUUUCAAAGUUCGCUCUCCUGGGAGGAAUGACUGCAAAAAAAAUGACGUUAAUUUAUUUGUUUCCAGGACAUGGUGUUACUGGCAAACAGCUUUGUGUUGGCGUUUAAAUUAUUUACUAUUUCAAUGUGUGUUGAGUGUGUUCAGUAUAUUUAUUUGAAUAAAUAUUCAAGCAUUUUUUUGACAUAA